AUGGCCCACUGCUGCCCCGAUCUUCUCGAUCCAGAGGCAUGGGCGAUGUUCGGCAACACUUACGUGAAGGAAGCACUCGCGAGACAAAGCCUCGCAGAGACUGAGCAGCGCAUUUUGGACCUCCGCUUCGGCUGGGGCGAGGCCGAUUCCCAGCCGCUUCUCCCGCUGGAGAUUGCUGCCAAGCUCGGUGUCAAGGUUCAUCUUGUCGUCAAGACCAUCCAGCAAAUGCUUCGAUGCAUCCCGUUGGUUGCGGAUGCAGAUGUGUUGGAAGUUUUGAUGGAAGAUGAAGACUUGCUUAUAGUUGCGAAGCCUGCAGGUCUUCCGGUCUCGCCGCCCAAUCGCUACCGUGGGGGAGCUUUGCUCAAUCAGGCCCUCUCCCACUGUGGGACUUUGCCGCACACCGUGCAUCGUCUGGAUUGCGACACCAGCGGUGCAAUGGUGCUGGCCAAGACGCCGAGCUGUGCCCGCAGCCUGGGAGCUCAGUUUCGGGAGUCCGUUGUCGAGAAAGUUUACCUCCUCUUGAGUGUUCGGAAGGGCACCAGUCCCUGGCCGGAGCUCGCACGCUGCGAGAAGGAGGACGACUCAGAACUGGAUCUUUCCAAAGACUUCUCGGUUCACGUUCCCAUCGCUCGCCACGUGGGUGGCUGGCAUGGGGUGGCCACCGACGGAGCUCAGGCUUUGACGCAGUUUGCGGUCUUGGCUCGUGGGGAGCAAGUGGCGUUGUUGAUGGCAAGACCUUUGACCGGAAGGACCCAUCAAAUUCGAGUCCAUGCUUCGCAUGCAGGGCUGCCUCUACUUGCCGAUGAGGGGUACGGUGCGCCUGCAACGACCACUAUGUCUCGCCAUGCGCUUCAUGCGUGGGUUCUGGAGUUCCAGCACCCUCGAGGUUUUCAAAGACGUGCAGAGGCAGGCAAGUUGCCUGCAGACUUCUCGAGCGCCGUUUCCGCUCAUGGGCUUCAGCUCCCGAGCCCUGGUGAAAUGGUGCUUGCCCAUGAGCGGCUCAAGGAGAUCCCGCUGCAGCCGCCGCUGGACAUCUACCGCCCGGCUCCGGCUGACAAUCGCCAGGGAAAAGCGGGACAAGCGGAUGUGGGAGGUGCGGCAGCCAGGCCGCCACGCAGGAAGAGGAGCUGCUGCUGCAGUCUCGUGCUCGCAGUUGGAGCUGUCCUGGUCGUCAUGCUACUCCUUUGGAACUGCUACGAACUCCUGCAGCGACUUAGAGGACGCCAGCGGUCCUUGAACGUAAGGCAGAGCUUCAGCCGAAGGACGGAGAUCGAGCUCCAGAUUCACACGAGAGUUCCAGACAUGUCGGACUUUGAUGUGCGGAAGAUUGCCGCGGCAAUCGAUAAGCACGAGAAUUUCAGGCCUGGAAGCUUGCGAGUGACCGCCUCAGUCUUCGACAAGGACCUUAGUUUACAUUCUGCUCAGCAAGGCGGCAGCAAGAAGGUGGUGCAGCGGUACCGACGGACGAAGGCACUGGAAGCUGCUUUGAAAGACGUGAUCCACGAGCAGCAAGAAAUUUUCUUUCCCGUCAGGAGUGAGAUCUUCUCCGCGUACCGGAAAUUUUUCCUAGGUUUUCCCAGCAUCGACGGCAGGGCCUGCUCGCUCCCGGCCUUGCAAAAAGAGCUCGGGGCCAUGGAGAAAGCCAAGAAGGCCGAGUAUUCGAAGCAGCUGCUGGAGGACUUCCAGUCCCGCUUCCGGGAGUUCGAGAAGUUCUUGCGCCGGCGGAAGAGGGACGUGCAGCAGGUGCUUCAGCGCGAGUGGAUGCCCACGGACCUACUGCGUGCCUUUGUGGUUUUCGACAUGUUGUGCUACCAGAACGAGUGGUUCACGCCCUUGUACCGGCUCCCGAGCUCAGACGACGGCCGGAAGCGCGCGGCCCGGUGGCUGCGCCGUGAUCCGGAGCUGAGGGAGCUGCCGGUGCGGAUCGAGGUGGACGUCAACGCGUCCUUGAAGAUGCGCGUGCAGAGGGCGCUGCCAUGGCAGCUGAGGAAGCUGCUGCCUGAAGCCGCCUGA